AGUGUGUUUGAUAUCCAUAAACAAAUCAUCUAAAAAUAGACUGAAUGGACGACCGCGUAUUCACGUCAAUGUGAAUGAAGCAGAAAAAAAAACUAGCGUGUAUGUGAAAAGUGUUUUUUUUUUCACAAACAUCACAACACAUCUUUUUUUUCUCAUCGUUUAGCUUCUGUCAGUGUCGUGUUCCAAUUGACCAAUGUUGUGAAAAUUUUCACAUUUUUCGUGUGAAAAUCUCGAGAAUCCAUCGAAAACUUAAGAAAACAAUUGAGAAUUGGAUAAAAAUCGAUUUUUAUAGGCCGAAUCGUUGGCAGAGAGGUUAAUUUUUUUGUCUGUUUGUUCAACAGGCCCAAGUGAAAAUGUGUCAAAAGUUGUUACGGAUCUAGUGCGGUGGGUUUGAUAGUGUGAAGAAAAAAAAAACAUUUUCAAAGUGGAUCGCAUUUAGUUCAAUAUCUGGGAAAAAUGGUUGAUGCCAGUUUAGCAUACGAGAUUUUAAUGUAUCUCAACUCAUUUUACUUUGGGUUAUUGGCCUUUGUUGAACUGGGAGUUUUCAUUUACAAAUUGGUGAAAUUGGGCAAACGCUACUCACUGAUACCGACAACACUGAUAUGGGACGUUGGAUAUCUAUUUGGAACGACGUUGCUGGAGACAAUACGAAUAUAUUUGGGGAGGAAAAGCUCACUCAGUAAACAUGGUUGGCAAGUGAUAGUGUCGGUAAUACUGACAUUCCCGUGCAUGGCUGGCAUUUGGUAUCUCAUUUAUUUCCAAGAAGUUUCAAUCCAAUUGGAGAUAAUUCUAUGUGCCUUGGAACUAAUGCUACAGUUCACUGAAAUUGUCUACGCAACAAUAUUUACAAUAACUGCAUGCCGUCCACGGACCUACACCUAACGUUUGGCUACCGGCGACGACACCAAAUUUCAAACAUUGGUUACCAUGCGAACGCCGACCAAACAAAAACACAUUUAAACAGCACAACACUCUCAGCUCACAGCCAAAUGUCAACCAAUGCGACGAAAUAAAGGGAUGUGGUGGAGACGGCCAAAAACCCAUACACAUAGUCGAUUCUCAAUAUAUAUAUAUACUCGAAACAAUUUGCUUUAAUUGAAGUUUGACACAUUUUCAAAUCUAGUCGAAUUCAUUCUAGUCGAUAAGCCUAUUUUAUUCAACAAAAACUAUUUCACCGUUUCAUAACGCUGCACACAAUUUUCUCUCUUUCCGUUCUAGUCAUUAUGUUGGUCAGUUAAUUGUUCAGCGUACAUAGUUUUUAUAACAUUUGAUACUUAAACACAAAUUACGGCGGCUUUAAUAUUCAUACAUCAUUUACAUCAACAGAUAGGUGAAGUGUAAUACACAGAUGAAGUGCAAAUGGGACAGCUUAGAGGGAACACAUUUCGAACGGAGAUGAGGGCAACGUUUCAUAUUCAAAGUGCACAAAAGCCAAGUGUUGGACUUUUUAAAAAAAUUGUCGGUGAAAAUGAUUGAAUGUGAAGAAUUGUAAAAUUGGAAACAAAUGUGAACUUCGAUAUGUGAAACUUGCGAAAAUUGUGAAAUUUCAGAGGAAAACAAAAAUCUUAACCCAUAAGGAAAUCUACACUAAAAAGGGCAGUAAGACAAGCUUUGUUGGAAACUCCAAUUUGGAUUAGUUCGAUUGAAUAUUUUCCAACAAAAAGGAGUAAACUGUCCGUAAUAUUGCUCAAAACACAUCCCAAACUACCCAAAAAUCUGAAUGGUCUGAGAUUCAAUCAAUUUCCUACAGAAAUGUGCUCUUUAUCAGUUUCCCGCCGAAAUGUGCUCUUUAUAAUCUGUCGCCAUUACCCAGUUUAUAUCAGAUUUGAAAAAAAGAACAAUCAUUUCCGUUUUUGAUGUUAUUCUGAAUCAAUAGUUUUGUUUAGUAUCAGAAAAAAUUUGUUUACACAUUCAUUUUCUGAACACCGAAAAAAAACGGAACCGAUAUCAAUCAAGUGGCAUUUAUUUGCUACUAACAUCUACUCUCAUCCGACCACAUUCAACUACUUAAAACAUAUGAUAAUACUGAUAUACAGUAUAAACUGUAAAAUUAACCCAUACUGUAUGAAUUCAACCGAUGAUGACGGUUGAAUGUAAAAUUUUAAUAUUUCAGUAAAUUGUAACACCUCUAUCAAACUCAAGGAACAAUUUGGUCCAAAACUAGUCGAAAACGUACAGAGCUUCAAGUUCAUUCUUAUCACACACACACACACAUCUGACAAAUGAGGCAAAUACACACUAUAUUACUAGUUGAAUUGUAUAGUUGAUAAAUCCCUUUUGCAACGAAUCACACAGAACGAGACGAUUUGGGUUUUUUUUCUUCUGACAAGCUUGACGUUUGUAUUCGAUGAAUGCCAUGGCAGAGAGAUUGAAUGGAUUUUUUUUCUUUUUUUGUAGAUGAUAAUUAAGAAAAUUGAAAAUUUGCCUUGAGUUUUUUUUAUUUUCGAAGAUUUUGUUGUUAAAGUUUUGAACAAAAUUGAUUUUUUUAAAAAUUAAUUUCCAAAUUUUAAUUUAAAAAUAACUAAAUUGAUUAUAUAUCCAGAAUUUUCGUUUCCAAACUAAUUCGUCAACAAAAAAAAUUCAUUUAUUAAUUGGACAUUUUGAAUGGAUUUCAAAAAUGCUCCCAUCUGAAAGUGUAUUUUUUUAAUUGAGAACAAUUAAUCCUAGUAUAAUUAUACAAUGAAUUUGAAUUAUCUUCUGUUUAAUUCUACGAAAAAAAAGUUGAAGGAAAAAAUUCCGUCAGAAAUUUAAAAAAAACCUAAUGUUUUCAACUAUGUUUAACAAAAAGGAAUAAUUCAAUUUCAGGGAAAUUGGGUAUUUUUCAAAAAUCGUCCAAUUAAAGUGAAUAUUUAAAAGCCAUUCAUGUGAGAAACACUUCAACGAACCUUUUUUCAUUGAAUAGAAUCUUAUUCGAUGGAAUAAAAAUGAUGAAAAAUUCACUACCUACAAAAUGUCAAGCACUCAUUAAAAAAAACAUUGUCUCGUUCUGUUCAACCAGAAAAUAAUCUCUAAGAUUUAGAUCUAAAAACAAACCUGGUUUCUUUUUCUGCCGAUCGAUAAAAAUUAGCCCGAAAUGCCUUGUAGUGCCAUUAGGAAACCUCCUAGAACCACGAUGGAUAAAUAAAAAAAAAGUGAAAAAAAUGGUAAUCAAUUUGAACCGUGUCUUUAAAUUAGUCUGUAGUUGAUCCGAUUGUAUUUUUUCAUGGUUCAAUUGCGAUCCAUAUAAAUUAAACCAAAAAAAAACCUUGUCGUAGAAAAUAUAAAUAAUCAUGUGGUUUCCUCGUAGAAUAUUUAUUACCCCGAAGUCGAUUUUGAUUAUAGAAAAAAGAAAAAGAAGGCGAAAUGUAUCGAUUUUUUAAAAAUUUCAUUAUUUUCGAUGUUGUCUCUCGAUGUGGUUUCAUUCUUUAGUUCCAUAUUAUUACACAGCAAUCGCUGUUCCCCCAUUCUAAAUCGAUUUGGUUUUUUUUGUAUUUAUGUAACCAAAUAUAAAGAAAAAAAUUAUUUAAAUAUAUUUCUUUGAUUUUGCAAGUAAAGCAAAA